AUGGGUAUCAAGGGCCUCAAUGCCAUUAUCUCGGAGCACGUACCCUCCGCGGUGCGCAAGAGCGAAAUCAAAAACUUCUUCGGGCGCAAGGUGGCCAUCGACGCGUCCAUGUCGCUAUACCAGUUCCUCAUCGCCGUCCGGCAACAGGACGGUGUGCAACUGGCAAGCGAGUCUGGGGAAACCACGUCACACCUCAUGGGAAUAUUCUACCGGACGCUGCGCAUGAUCGACAAUGGCAUUAAGCCGUGCUACGUGUUCGACGGUAAACCGCCCGUUCUGAAGUCGCACGAGCUCAGCAAGAGAAGCGCCCGGCGCGCGACCACAGAGGAGAAACUCAAAGAGGCCGUAGAGGAGGCCGAAAAGCUGAAGCACGAGCGCCGCCUUGUGAAGGUGACGCCAGAACACAACGAGGAAGCCAAGAAGCUGCUGCGCCUGAUGGGCCUGCCCUACGUCGAAGCGCCGUGCGAGGCCGAAGCCCAGUGUGCUGAGCUCGCGAAAGCCGGCAAGGUCUACGCUGCUGCAAGCGAGGAUAUGGACACCCUAUGCUACCGCACGCCGUUCCUGCUGCGCCAUCUAACGUUCUCCGAGGCCAAGAAGGAGCCUAUCCACGAGAUCAACACCGAGAUCCUGCUGCAGGGACUCGAGCUCUCCAUCGAGCAAUUCAUCGAUCUCGGCAUCAUGCUGGGUUGCGACUACUGCGACAGCAUCCGUGGCGUGGGCCCCGUCACCGCAUUGAAGCUCAUCAAGGAACACAAGACUCUGGAAAACAUCGUGGAGUACAUCGAAUCCGGCCAGGCCAACAACAAGUGGAAAGUGCCCGAAAACUGGCCGUUCAAGGAGGCGCGCCAGCUAUUCCUAGAUCCGGACGUCGUCAAGGGCUCGGAAGUCGACCUUAAAUGGUCUGAGCCCCAGGAACAGGAGCUCGUGGAUUUCAUGUGUAAGGAGAAAGGCUUCAACGAAGAGCGCAUCCGGUCCGGGAUAAAAAGACUACAAAAAGGGCUAAAGACCGGAGUACAAGGCAGGCUCGACGGUUUUUUCAAAGUGAAACCGAAGAACAAAGAGCAGCUGGCCGCGGCAAACGCCAAGGCUAAGUCCACUAAAGCAGGCAAGCAGGCUACAAAGGGUAAAGUAGGCAAGCCUGGAAGGCCAAGAAAAUAG